AUGAGCGCUCAGAGGUCACGUGAAUUAAGCGCCAGCAAACAUCAACGUAAAUUUGAGAAGUUAGUCGCUCACAAGUUGGAUAACGCUGACUACUAUGAUAACUCGAAUGAAACUCGAACGGUUAUCAAUUUAUCCAGCGCUGAGUUGACAGAGCCUACACUUAAUGUAUUAAAGAAGGGUCUGAAUUUUGCUCCUACUCCGAAGCGUAUACCUUUUGAAGAGGUGAUAGGAAGUACUGAAGAGGUAAUUAGGCGUAAUAAGAUCCCAACUCAUGAUGCUGACGCAUUGCGACAAGAUGUUGCUGUAGUCCUGAGGCACGCAAAACUACCUCGGAGUAAUAUAAGUAAGGAGGAAUGGGAAGCUCUGAACGACCUGCGGUCUAAUCCUGACAUUUUGACCUUGAAGGCAGACAAGGGCAAUGCCACAGUAGUUAUAGAUGUCAGCGAUUAUGAGAGCAAGAUAAAUGGACUGCUGAGUGAUGAAGCAACCUAUAAAAAGGUAAAUUACGAUCCUACAGCCCGGUACAAUCGUGCCACAUUGACACUGGUCAAGGAGUGUGAACAGGUAUUAACUGAGGAUACGGUGAAGUUUCUAUUGCGACCCAGAAAUGUUCUAUCGCCUAAAAUAUAUGGUUUGCCGAAAAUACACAAAGUUAAUUCUCCCUUACGGCCCAUUGUAAGUCAGAUUGAUUCACCCACGUACGAUUUGGCAAAACACGUCGCGAAGGUGCUGCAACAGUUGGUUGGGCGGACGGAAUCGUAUGUGAAGGACUCUCGCCAUUUUAUUGAGAUUGUACAGGACAUUAGGAUUGAACCAGAUGAAGUGAUGGUCAGUUUUGACGUAGAGUCACUGUUCACUAAUGUACCUGUAACUGACAGCAUUGAGGUAGUACGAAAUAUGAUGCAGGAGAAUGGCAUCCCAUUAGAAUACGUGAAGCUUCUCGAACACUGCCUCACUACAAAUUAUUUUCUGUUUCGCGGGCAAUAUUACAUACAGGCAGAGGGAGUAGCGAUGGGCAGUCCAGUGGCACCAGUUGUGGCUAACAUCUGGAUGGAACAUUUUGAGCACAAAGCCCUCGCUGCGCCCCCAGUUCCCGUUAAAAUUUGGAAGAGGUACGUGGAUGACGUGUUCUGCGUAAUAAAGGGUAGCAAGGAGGAAGCUGAUCUGUUGUUACGACACCUGAACAGCGUGCAUCGAUCCAUGUCGUUCACAUUGGAAAUGGAAAAAGAUAGGGGUAUUGCAUUUCUUGAUGUGAGCUUGAAGGUUGGAGCCGAGGGCAUGCUGGGACACUCUGUCUAUAGGAAACCGACGCAUACAGAUCGUUACUUGCAUGCGAGCUCACACCAUCAUCCCAGACAGUUAAACUCGGUCGUAACAUCACUAACCAAUCGAGCACACGCUUUGUGUGACUCCUCUCAUCUUGUACAGGAGUUGAACCAUGUUCAGAGAGUCCUGAGGAGAAAUGGUUACCGAGUUAACGUUAAUAAACGGGAUGCAAAACCCAAGCACCUCACUCAUCGCGUAGAGAGACAACCAGCGUUUAUGCCCACGAUCCAGGCUUAG